AUGCUCCCUGGUACCCUCAUGAGUCACGCAAGAGCAGCAGCUGAUUUCACGGCUUUUCAACACACCAUCCCUAGCUUGGAUAUUGUAAUCUUUUCAGAUGGAUCUAGGCUGAUAGACGGACGUGUAGGGGGUGGCUAUAUUAGAAUUCAAGCACACCAUCAGUUCCUCCGCUCCUCACUCUCAUAUGGACAUGGGAAAGAGGUCUUUGACACAGAAGCAGAAGCUGCCCUAGCUGGUGCUCAAGCAGUAAUAGCAUACCCAACAGCUCAAUUUGCUACCAACCUAUGGAUCUGUCUCGACAACCUGGAAGUUGCCACGCGCCUCCUAUCUCCCUCUACAGGAUCCUCUCAAGAGGUCUUUGAAUCCUUUCGCACCCUUGCAGCCGCCUGGCCACUACGCGAAAGGCUUCCACACACCAAAAGUGGAUCAAUCCAAAUCCGAUGGGUCCCUGGACACACUAAAAUCCCUGAGAAUGAAGCAGCUGAUCUCGCUGCUAAGGAAAAAGCUGUCUCUAUCUCCCCCUCUCCAUAUAAGUCCUCAUAUGCCUCGCUAAAGAGAUACACCAAGACUCAAUCUCUUUCCGCUGCUCAGACACGGUGGCAGACUAUAGCACCACAGACAUACUAA